UGUUUUGGCCCUAAUCGACCAUAGUGUCAUAGCUCUCCAUUGCGUAGUUGACAGAAUCAAACAAAAGCUGCGAAGUAAAUAUUGAAAAGAAAAACGUGUGAUCGGUGUAAUAAAUCAUCUAGUUGAUAUAAGGGCUACAAAGUUAAAAUUCUUUAAAUAAUUUGUGUGGAUGUGAUAUUUGAUCAUGAUACAAAGAAUUUAACAGCUGCUAUACUUUCGAUGUUUAGCUGAUAUUCUUUGGAGCUAUGUCUGCAAUAGCCACCGCCUCCGCCGCCACUGUGUCAGUGGACGAAGACGCCGAUGAAUGUGGACCACAGUUGAUUUCUAAAUUAGAGGGCAAUGGAAUCACAUCAGGGGACAUAAAAAAGUUAGAAGAAGCGGGUUAUCAUACAGUGGAGUCCGUGGCAUAUGCACCCAAGAAAUGGCUGAUCACCAUCAAGGGCAUCUCGGAACAAAAGGCUGACAAAAUUCUGGCGGAGGCUUCCAAACUUGUGCCUAUGGGCUUUACUACUGCUACUGAGUUUCAUCAGAAAAGGGCAGAAAUCAUUCAGUUAACAACUGGAUCCAAAGAGCUGGACAGGCUGCUAGGCGGAGGCAUUGAGACGGGCUCCAUAACAGAGAUAUUUGGAGAGUUCCGCACGGGCAAGACACAGAUUUGCCACACACUGGCUGUUACUUGUCAGCUGCCGAUAGAGCAAUCAGGCGGUGAGGGCAAAUGCAUGUACAUCGACACGGAGGGCACGUUCCGACCAGAACGGUUGCUCGCGGUGGCUCAGCGGUAUGGCAUGGAGGGCGGCGCGGUGCUAGACAACGUGGCAUACGCGCGCGCAUACAACACAGACCACCAGACGCAGUUACUCCUCCAAGCCUGUGCCAUGAUGGCCGAAUCCAGAUAUUCAUUAAUUAUAGUAGACAGUGCCACGGCCCUGUACAGAACAGAUUACUCCGGCAGAGGAGAGCUGAAUCCAAGGCAACAACACCUCGGUCGCUUCAUGAGAAUGUUGCUAAGACUUGCUGACGAGUUCGGCGUAGCGGUGAUAAUAACGAACCAGGUGGUGGCGCAAGUGGACAGCGUGGGCGUUUUUAACGCGGACACCAAGAAGCCCAUCGGUGGGCACGUGCUGGCCCACGCAUCCACCACCAGGCUCUACCUCAGGAAGGGCCGCGGCGACAAUCGAAUCUGUAAGAUCUACGACAGCCCGUGUCUCCCCGAGACAGAGGCCAUGUUUGGGAUCAGCACUGAAGGCAUAACGGACGCGAAGGAAUAGUCUUUAAGGAUUUAAUUUAUGAAUUAUAGUAAACAUUUGAUAUAAUGAACGAAAAUGUACAUUAAAGUGAUUUCAUAUUUUUA